CGCAGCCGGGAGCUGGGAAGUUGCUGCCGCGCUCUCUACACCGUGUUGUGGGCGCCGUCCUAGCGGUGGGGAGCGCAUCGCAGAAGGGACAUGAGAUCGGAGAAAUCCCUUACGCUGGCGGCGCCGGGGGAGGUACGGGAGGCGGAGGGUGAGCAACAGGAUGCGGGAGACUUCCCAGAGGCGGCCGGGGGCGGCGGCUGCUGUAGUAGCGAGCGCCUGGUGAUCAAUAUCUCCGGGCUGCGCUUUGAGACGCAAUUGCGCACCCUGUCGCUAUUUCCUGACACACUGCUGGGGGACCCUGGCCGCCGUGUCCGCUUCUUCGACCCUCUGAGGAACGAAUACUUCUUUGACCGAAACCGGCCCAGCUUUGAUGCCAUCCUUUACUACUACCAGUCAGGGGGCCGACUGCGGAGGCCUGUCAACGUGCCUCUGGAUAUCUUCUUGGAGGAGAUUCGAUUCUACCAACUGGGAGAUGAGGCUCUGGCGGCCUUCCGGGAGGACGAGGGCUGCUUGCCCGAAGGUGGAGAGGAUGAGAAACCGCUGCCUUCUCAGCCCUUCCAGCGCCAGGUCUGGCUUCUCUUCGAGUAUCCGGAGAGCUCUGGGCCCGCCAGGGGCAUCGCCAUCGUCUCAGUGUUGGUCAUUCUGAUCUCCAUUGUCAUCUUCUGCCUGGAGACCUUGCCCCAGUUCCGUGCAGAAGGUCGAGGUGGAAGCAAUAGUGGUGGUGUGAGCCGAGCUUCUCCAAUUUCCAGGGGGAGCCACGAGGAAGAAGAAGAUGAAGAUGAUACCUAUAAGUUUAAUCCUGACAUCACCUCCGGGGGCCUGGUGACAGGGGGCCCAUCUUCACUAAGUACUCUUGGGGACUCCUUCUUUACGGACCCCUUCUUUCUGGUGGAGACCCUGUGUAUUGUUUGGUUCACGUUUGAGCUGCUCGUGCGUUUCUCUGCCUGCCCCAGCAAACCAGCUUUCUUUAGAAAUAUCAUGAACAUCAUUGACUUGGUGGCCAUCUUCCCUUACUUCAUCACCCUGGGAACUGAGUUGGUACAACAGCAGGAACAACAGCAGGUGAGUGGAGGGGGUGGCCAGAAUGGGCAGCAGGCCAUGUCUCUGGCCAUCCUCAGAGUGAUCCGCCUGGUCCGGGUAUUCCGUAUCUUCAAGCUCUCCCGCCACUCGAAAGGACUCCAGAUCCUGGGCAAGACAUUGCAGGCUUCCAUGCGGGAGCUGGGGCUGCUCAUCUUCUUCCUCUUCAUCGGAGUCAUCCUCUUCUCCAGCGCUGUCUAUUUCGCAGAGGCUGAUGACGACGAUUCUCUUUUUCCCAGUAUCCCGGAGGCCUUCUGGUGGGCAGUGGUUACAAUGACCACUGUAGGUUAUGGGGACAUGUACCCCAUGACAGUAGGGGGCAAGAUCGUAGGGUCACUGUGCGCCAUUGCUGGGGUCCUCACCAUUGCCCUGCCUGUGCCGGUCAUCGUCUCCAACUUCAACUACUUCUACCACCGGGAGACAGAGCAAGAGGAGCAAGGCCAGUACACCCAUGUCACCUGUGGACAGCCUGCACCAGACCUGAAGGCAGCUGACAAUGGGCUUGGCAAACCUGAGUUCUCUGAGGCUAACCGGGAGCGAAGACCCAGUUACCUCCCCACUCCACAUCGGGUGUAUGCAGAGAAAAGAAUGCUCACCGAAGUUUGACUGAUGUAGGCAGGGCCUGUACCAGAAGGGUGGCCCUGAACAAACCAUCUCUUAGGCUUCCUUCUCAUUCUU